CCAGAGUCACUCGGAGGAGGGAGUGGUGUGCAUGUGUGUCUGUGUGUGUGUGUGUGUGUGUGUGUAUGUGUGCAUGCAUGCUGCGAGGGAAGGAAGGGAAGCGUGGAAGGGGAGAGAGAGUUGUUUUCCAGCCUUAGAGAGCAACGCCAAUGUGAAGUGUUGCAGCCGCCUGAUUCACCUGGGGCUCCGAGGAUACCUUCAAUGCCUGCACUCUAAGGGAGCUGCUUUUUCCGGGUGCUGGCAAAUCCUGAAGCCUUCCUUUGACGUUUCUCUAAACAUGGGAUGCAGUUUGUGCAGCCUGCAGAAGCAAGAGGAGCAGUACAAAUUGCUCUAUGAAGUUUGUCAGGUCAACGGCAAAGACUUAUCCAGAGCAACUCAUGACCAGGCUGUGGAGGCUUUCAAGACAGCCAAGGAGCCCAUUGUGGUACAGGUACUGAGGAGAACGCCAAGGACCAAAAUGUUCACGCCCUCAACAGAGUCGCAGCUGGUGGACACGGGAACCCAAACCGACAUCACCUUUGAACAUAUCAUGGCCCUCACUAAGAUGUCCUCCCCCAGCCCACCAGUGCUGAAUCCCUAUCUCUUGCCAGAGGAGCAUCCCUCAGCCCAUGAAUACUACGAUCCAAAUGACUACAUGGGAGACAUUCAUCAGGAGAUGGACAGGGAGGAGCUGGAGCUGGAGGAAGUGGACCUCUACAGAAUGAACAGCCAGGACAAGCUGGGCCUCACAGUGUGCUACCGGACAGACGACGAAGAUGACAUUGGGAUUUAUAUCAGUGAGAUUGACCCUAACAGCAUUGCAGCCAAGGAUGGGCGCAUUCGAGAAGGAGACCGCAUUAUCCAGAUUAAUGGGAUAGAGGUACAGAACCGUGAAGAGGCUGUGGCUCUUCUAACCAGUGAAGAAAAUAAGAACUUUUCAUUGCUGAUCGCAAGGCCUGAACUCCAGCUGGACGAGGGCUGGAUGGACGAUGACAGGAACGACUUUCUGGAUGACCUCCACAUGGACAUGCUUGAAGAGCAGCACCACCAGGCCAUGCAGUUCACAGCCAGCGUGCUCCAGCAGAAGAAGCACGAGGAGGACGGCGGGACCACAGACACGGCCACCAUCUUAUCCACCCAGCUCGAAAAGGACAGCGGCGUGGGGCGGACCGACGAGAGCACCCGCAACGAUGAGAGCUCGGAGCAAGAGAACAACGGCGACGAGGUCGCCGCGUCCUCCAACCCGCUGGCGGGGCAGCGGAAGCUGACCUGCAGCCAAGACACCCUGGGCAGCGGCGACCUGCCCUUCAGCAACGAGUCCUUCGUCUCGGCCGACUGCACCGACGCCGACUACCUGGGCAUCCCGGUGGACGAGUGCGAGCGCUUCCGCGAGCUCCUGGAGCUGAAGUGCCAGGUGAGGAGCGCUGCCCCCUACGGCCUGUACUGCCCCGGCGGCGCCCCGGACGCCGGCAAGAGCGACCCCGAGAGCGUGGACAAGGAGCUGGAACUGCUGAACGAGGAGCUGCGCAGCAUCGAGCUGGAGUGCCUGAGCAUCGUGCGCGCCCACAAGAUGCAGCAGCUGCGCGAGCAGUACCGCGAGUCCUGGAUGCUGCACAACAGCGGCUUCCGCAACUACAACACCAGCAUCGACGUGCGCAGGCACGAGCUCUCGGACAUCACCGAGCUCCCCGAGAAGUCCGACAAGGACAGCUCGAGCGCCUACAACACGGGGGAGAGCUGCCGCAGCACCCCGCUCACCCUGGAGAUCUCCCCCGACAACUCCUUGAGGCGAGCGGCCGAGGGCCGUGGCUGCCUGGGCGGCGAAGGGGCCGCGGGGGCCGCGGACGCCUACGGGCCGCCCCCCAAGAAUCUGCUGGCCGUCACGGAAGACCCCGAGGCCGGCAGCCCUCACUACGGCCCGUCCGCCAAAGAGCUGGACCCCGCGGCCGUGGAGUACGCGCAGAGCCAGAUGAGCCUGGCCAGCGUGUGCAAGGACCCGAGCGCCGCCGGCCCGGCCGAGCCGCGCCUGGAGUGGAAGGUGAAGGUCCGCGGCGACGGCACGCGCUACAUCACCAAGCGGCCGGUGCGCGACCGCCUGCUGCGCGAGCGCGCGCUCAAGAUCCGCGAGGAGCGCAGCGGCAUGACCACCGACGACGACGCGGCGAGCGAGCUGAAGAUGGGCCGCUACUGGAGCAGGGAGGAGCGCAAGCAGCACCUGGUGAAGGCCAAGGAGCAGCGGCGGCGGCGCGAGUUCAUGAUGCAGAGCCGGCUGGAUUGUCUCAAGGAGCAGCAGGCGGCCGACGACAGGAAGGAGAUGAACAUCCUCGAACUGAGCCACAAGAAGAUGAUGAAGAGGAGGAACAAAAAGAUCUUUGACAACUGGAUGACGAUCCAGGAACUCUUAACCCACGGCACGAAGUCCCCAGACGGCACUCGGGUGUACAAUUCGUUCCUCUCGGUGACGACUGUAUAACUCUCGCUCCUGCGUGGUGUACAUAAAAGAGACCACUCCCGUUGGGGUAGAAAUCCCUGCCUCGUUCAAUGCGGCAAGUUUUUGUACAUAAAGAUAAAUACGGUCGUCGUGUUUAUAGUCCACAUUUGCAAACCCUAGGACUCGGGGUGUCAUAGGUCUAUUUUAAGGGGGGGGGAAAACACCCUUACUAGCUUGGAAGGCAAUAUUAACAAACAGAGCUUUUUGCAAAUAGCAAUUGUACUUUUUUACCUGUACCCUUUUGCAUAAAGUGUUUAAAUUUCAAAAAGAUCUUUUAUUAAGCAUACUUUCACAGAAUAAUUUGUUUAAACUAUAUUCAUAUAAAAAAGUUAAACAUGCUUUCUUUCUGCCUAAAACACAAAUACAACUGCCAGUAUGUAUUUUUAAUGGAACUCUAUUUUAUAAUGUUGCUUUACUGAAUGUGUUUCACAUGCGUGUCGUUACGAUAUGAUUUAGGUCAAGGUUUCAACUCAAAACUACCAAACUCUGCGGUUAACAAUUUAAUACAUAUAACCAAGCCGGCAGUGUUCGAGUUGGAAUAUACAUGGAAACGUUUUUCUGGUUAAGGUUCCCAAGAGAGCAUAAAGGUUUUAACAGAAAGCAAAAUAUCAUGCAGCUUUAUGGAAGUUUAAAGCAUGUUUGCAAAUAUUGCAGCCCGUUGGAAGAAUUUGCAUGUACAGGAAAGUUGUGGCUGGAGACAGUUUGUGGAAUUUUAAGUGCUCAUUGUAGUAAACCUUUGCUUUGUAGAUUUGAAAGUACAGGCUUAUACAAGCAAGUUCUCGAAAUCAUCAUUAGUUACAAACAUUAAGUAAAAUGAAGUUAAAAUAAAUUAUUAUUUUCCAUUUGAUAUGUUUUGACGUGAUUCCUCAUUUUACAGUGGUGCCUAUAAAAUAAAACCUCUUUCAGUGUUUA